AUGUUAGCAGAUGGCGUUGUCAAUUAAAUGUUAGCAGAUGGCGUUGUCAAUUAAAUGUUAGCAGAUGGCGUUGUCAAUUAAAUGUUAGCAGAUGGUGAUAUGAGUCUUUCAGGUGAUGUUUCUUGCGUGACCUAUAAUCUGGUUGGACGGUAACAGGAGGCUUCUUCAACAGCGACAAAAGGCUUCUGAUUCAACCAAAGCGGUGGUUUGCUAGCGAACCUAAAACCGAAACAUUGAAGCGCUUUUGACCAAUCUUGUGUAUAUUACUCUUAGUGUUUACAUUGUUGUGUGUAUAUUAUUCUUGGUGUUUAGAACACAAUUAUAUUUACGUAUCUACUAGUUCAUCUAAACGCUUAAAUUAGCAAAUGUGUUAACUAGAUACGGCACUAGGCUAAUCUCCCGGAGCAUAAACUCACUAAACUCAACGGAGAAAGAAGCUCUGGUGAACGGAGACGAAGAAGCUUUCAGGAUGAUAAAGGAGGAAGAGGAGGCUAUUGCUUUGAAAGAAGAAGUGGAUGAUAUUACAGUGAAAGAGGAAGACGGGAAAGAGGUCAGAGUGGAGGAGGAGGAGGAGGUAGCAGCUUUCAGAAUCAAAAAGGAGGAAGAUUCCAUAACAUUGAAAGAAGAGGAAGAGGAGGAUAUCUCAAUUAAAGAGGAGGAAGAUGUUUUAGGAGUGAAAAGGAUGAGACUGAAGUACCGAUUAACACCAGACAAUGCUAUCUCAACCCCUUCCACCCUCCUGGAGUCACUUUGUCGUGCCUCUCCCGGUAGCACCUUACUGCUGGGUAUGAAGACGUUGUCUGUGCUGCUGGUGGACUGCAGGAAAACAACGGGGCUGAGUGGAACUGUGAGAGGAGGAGAAGAGAAGAAAGGAUCAGAUUUGACACAUCAAAAAGAGGUCUGCUGUUUGGAGAAAGAAGCUCUGGCGAUGAACAUUGUCGUGAAAGAAGAAGAAGAAGAGGAGGAUAUUACUCUGAAAGGAGAGGAAGAAUCUUUCAGAAUGAAGAAGGAGGAAGAGGAGGCUGUUAUAGUGAAAGAAGAGAGAGAACCGUUUAGAGAGGAAGAGGAUGCUAUCUCAAUAAAGGUGAAGGAGGAAGACGUUUUGGGAGUGAAAGAGGAGGAGACAGAAUAUCAGAUUAACACCAGAGAGAGACAUGACUAUCGUGGAUCCUCUGGGGAGCCUCAACAACAUCCUGAUGCUGACGAGGCAGAGAAGAGUCUUUCCAGAUCAGAACACCAGAUGGACAACGCUAGCCCUUCCUCCCUCCCGGAGUCCCUGUGUCGUGCCUCUCCCGGUAGCACCUUACUGCUGGGUAUGAAUAGGUUGUCUGUGCUGCUGGUGGACUGCAGUAAAACAACAGGGCUGAGUGGAACUGUGAGAGGAGGAGCAGAGAAGAAAGGAUCAGAUUUGACUCACCAAAGAGGAAAACCAAACUUGGAGGAACCAGAGACGUCCGAACCAGCAAGACGACACCUCUGCUGCCAUUGUGGAAAGAGUUUUACCAAGUUAGGAAGCCUGAACAGACAUGAGAGGGGACACACAGAACCGAAGACACAAAAUUGCGCCCAGUGUGAAAAGAGUUUUAGCUACUUAGGAAAUCUGAAAGCUCAUGAGCGAACACACACACGGGAGAUGCCUUUCCAUUGCUCCCAGUGUGGAAAGAAUUUUAAGCGGUUAGACACUCUCAAAACCCAUGAGCAAAUACAGACUAGGGAGAAGCCGUACCAUUGUGCCCAGUGUGGAAAGAGUUUUAGCCAGUCAGGAACCCUGAAGGAACACAUGAGACUGCACACAAGGGAGAAGCCUUACUACUGCUCACAUUGUGGGAAGAGUUUUAGCCAUUUAGUGAGCAUGAAAAGACAUGAGAGGAUACACACAGGAGCGAAGCCACACCUGUGCUCCCAGUGUGGAAAGAGUUUUAAGCGGUUAGACACUCUCAAAACCCAUGAGCAAAUACACAUUAGGCAGAAGCUGUACCAUUGUGCCCAGUGUGGAAAUAGUUUUAGCAAGUCAGGAAGCCUGAAAGUUCAUGAGCGAAUACACACAGGGGAGAAGUCAUACCUUUGCGCCCAGUGUGGAAAGAGUUUUAGCCAGUCAGGAAGCCUGAAGGAACACAUGAGACUGCACACAAGGAAGAAGCCUUACUACUGCUCACAUUGUGGGAAGAGUUUUAACCAUUUAGUGAGCAUGAAAAGACAUGAGAGGAUACACACAGGAGCGAAGCCACACCCGUGCUCCCAGUGUGGAAAGAGUUUUAAGCGGUUAGACACACUCAAAACCCAUGAGCAAAUACACAUUAGGCAGAAGCUGUACCAUUGUGCCCAGUGUGGAAAGAGUUUUAAGCGGUUAGACACUCUCAAAACCCAUGAGCAAAUACACAUUAGGCAGAAGCUGUACCAUUGUGCCCAGUGUGGAAAGAGUUUUAAGCGGUUAGACACUCUCAAAGCUCAUGAGCGAAUACACACAGGGGAGAUACCAUACCAUUGCGCCUAGUGUGAAAAUAGUUUUUGCCGGUCAGGAAGCCUGAAAGUUCAUGAGAAUACACACGGGAGAACCCAUACCACUGCUCCCUGUGUUCAAAGUGUUUUACCCAUUUAGGAAGCCUGAAGGAAGACAUGAGACUGCACACAGGGGAGAAGCCUUACAAAUGUUCAGACUGUGGGAAGACAUAUUACUCAUCACAGUCACUUACAAAACAUGAGAAUCCACACAGGAGAGAAUAAUUACUUAUCCUUGUGUGUAAACUUGUAAUUCACAUCACAUACACUUAAAAUUCAUCAGAGAGCGUACACACUGCUCCCAUUGUCUUAUGUUGUUGACUGACAAUGUUUACUUGUUUAUACUAUAAGAAAUUAAAUUGUACACAGUAAACUCAAACAUAUAUAUUUGUAUGUUUUUAUUCGAAAACAUGAAUUGAAUAUGGAGUGUGUCAAUUUGAAUAUAGAGUAAAUCAUAUAAUCUCCUGUUCCUGGGAGGAUCAUUAUGUGUUGCAAACCCGAUGCACCUGCAUCCUUGUAUGAAUAAAGUCCCUCCCAGGAACAGGAAACUAUAAAGAUAUGUGCUCAUCACCCAAUGUUUCAGGAAUUCAGGCUGUCUCCACUGCGCUGUGUAUGUUAUUCUCUCUGAGCUCAGAAAUAAAGAGACUUGGUUUGA